CUCCGCCGACAGCCGCGCCGCCGCCAAAUGACGGUGUUCCGGGGCCCUCCCGGGCGCCCCUCCGCCCUCGUGAGCUGGUGGAGGAGGCGCCCGCCGCUGGGCUUCGCCGCCAAGGUCUCGAUCGCCAUCGCGCUCGGCCUCUCCUUCGUCAUCACAUGGACCACGCUCUCCCCAACCUCCUCCUCCCAGCAGAUCUCCACCGAGCGCACCUACUUCGCCGCCGACAUCGCCGACCCGCCACCCACCUCCCGCAACAACGCCACCAGCACCAGCGGCGGCCACAGGAAGAAGCCCAGCCCCCGCGGCCACAGGAAGCGCCAUGCUCCAGCCAGAUCCCACCGCCCCAAUGCCACCCCCUCGCCGGACGCCGCCGCGGCGAAGGCCAAUCGCACGGAGCCGGAUUCGAUGCCCGAGCAAGAAUCCAAUGAGAAUGAGAGAGAGCCGGCGUCGGAGUGGGAGACAGAGCCGGGGGAGGAGCAAGAGCAGGAGCAGGAGCCGGAAUUUGCCGUGCCAGAGGAGAACGUGGAGAACAACGGGAAGGCGCCUAAGGAGGAGGAGGACGGGAAGGCGCCGGAGCUGGAAUUGGGCGACGAUUCGAGCGAGCUAGACGGCGACGACGAUGAUUUCGCGGAGACGGCCAAGAGCAAGGAUUCAAAGAAGAAGAAGAAGCUGCCGCCGUUGUUCAGCCCGGCCGCGCAUUACCACUGGAAGCUCUGCAGCGCCAAGAGCGGCCACCACUAUACCCCUUGCGUCGAUUUCGAUGGGGAUGGGAGCCAGCGGCACCACGAGCGGAGCUGCCCGAGGUCCCCCGUGACGUGCCUGGUGUCACUGCCCAAGGAGUAUAAGCUGCCGGCUCCAUGGCCGGAGAGGAAGGAGAAGAUUUGGUAUGGUAAUGUUGGACAUCCUAGGUUGUCAAGUUAUGUUAAGGACAACAGUUGGCUCAAUCGGACCGGUGAACACCUGGUGUUCCCGGCUAAGGAAUCGGAGUUCAAAGGUGGCGCGAAACAUUAUAUUGAAACAAUCGACGAGAUGGUACCUGAUAUUGACUGGGGUAAAAAUAUUCGCAUAGCAUUGGACAUUGGAUGCAAAAGUGCUGGAUUUGGAGUAGCUCUUCUUGAAAAGGAUGUGAUUACGCUAUCAUUAGGCCUUACAAAUGACCAAACAGACCUUGCACAAGUUGCCCUGGAACGUGGCAUCCCUGCAACAAUUGGUAGUCUGGGAUCAAGAAGAUUACCCUUUCCUAGUGGUUCAUUUGAUGUUAUCCACUGCAGUGAAUGCAACAUACCGUGGCAUUCUAAUGGUGGAAAGCUUCUCCUAGAGAUGAAUAGGAUCCUUCGCCCAGGAGGAUACUUCGUUAUAUCGAGCAGACAUGGUGACCUCGAGAGUGAAGAAGGAAUAUCGGCUUCAAUGACUGCGGUAUGUUGGAACACAAUAGCUUACAGUAGUGAUGAUGUCAGCGAGCUUGGAGUAAAGAUAUUUCAGCGACCAGCCUCAAACGAGGAGUAUGAUCUGAGAGCAAAAAAAGAUCCACCGUUCUGCAAGGAAGCUCAAAACAAAGCUACUGCAUGGUAUAAUCCAAUCAAGCAUUGCCUGCACAAAGCUCCUGCUGGUAUUGAAGAAAGAGGCAGUGACUGGCCUGAAGAGUGGCCCAAGAGGCUUGAGACUUUUCCUGAUUGGCUUGGGGACUUGCAAACAAGGGUGGCUGCUGAUCAUAGCCAUUGGAAGGCCGUUGUUGAGAAAUCAUAUCUGGAUGGUUUGGGUAUUAACUGGACAAAUAUCCGAAACGUACUGGAUAUGAAAGCUGUAUAUGGAGGAUUUGCUGCGGCUUUGUCAUCUGAAAAAGUUUGGGUCAUGAAUGUUGUUCCUGUGCAUGCUCCAGACACCCUACCUGUCAUCUUUGAGCGCGGGCUCAUUGGUGUUUACCAUGAUUGGUGCGAGCCAUUUAGCACAUAUCCACGGUCCUAUGAUCUUCUCCACGCUGACCAUUUGUUCUCACGCUUGAAGAACAGAUGUAAGGAACCAGUCACGAUUUUGGUCGAGAUGGACCGGAUUCUGAGACCCGGAGGCUGGGCCAUCAUCCGGGAAAAACUCGAGAUUCUUGACCCACUGGAGGCGAUUUUGAAAUCGCUACAUUGGGAAAUCGUGAUGACCUUCAGAAAGGAUAAGGAGGGCAUCAUGUCUGUGAAGAAAACAACGUGGCGGCCAUGAGCUGAUCUGUCGGGUCACACACACGAAUUUUUGAAGUGGUACAGUUGUUGAUAUGGGAAAAGGACACGUGAUUUGUUCAUUCGUUGCCUCACACGACCAUCUACUGCCUGAGUUUGAGCACACGACUGUUGGCAGGUGGCUUUUGGUGUUCCACCUGCCAGUUUGUCUUCAGCAGCAUCCAGUUCUAUGUUCAGACAAAAGAUUCCCUAGAACCUGAGUCUUGGAUUGUGUAAAGAGGGCUGAGGGGUGAACUUGCUGUCUCAGAACAAUGUAACGAUGUGUAAAGGAUGUAGAGUCUAGGGUAUGUGUAAAUGAUGUAACAUUGUACCAAUGUACGCAGGAUGUAAGCAAUUGUUUGGUGUUUCUGAAAGAUGUAACAACAUGUAAAGAUUGAGUAUUUGGAUACAUGUCAAGUGUUCUUGGAU